AGUUGACCUCCCUUUCGCAAACAGAGCUGCCUGCUCUCUCAAUCCCAGACCAAGUUUUCCGACCAAUCUCAUCACCAACCCACCCUUUGAUCCAUGGCACGCUGAUCGAGGAGCAACCCUUUUUUUUCGAUUCCCAUCCCCUCCGUCUCUUGUCGUCUCUCUCUCUCGACAUUGUUUACUUUCAGCGCCCCACGACACACAGCUGCCCGCCCGUAACAAUGGCGAUGCGAGGAGGUCCUCGUCUCCAGGUCGGCUCGGCCGCCUGGAUUACGGAAGAGAGGAACGCGGCUCUGAGCAUAGCACGGUCCGAGAUCGAGGAAUUCUCUUACUCCGCGCGCAAUGAAAUCGACUGGCUCAACGAGCACAUGGCCGAGAUCUUCUCCGAGAACCAGAUGAACGUCGCGGAACUCUUCAAGACACCAGGGAAGUUGCGCGGAAAGACGCCGCGCACGGCGAGAAAGGCACCGCCCAGCAGCAUGCGAAUGCCGCUCUCCGAGAUGUUCUCUGCGACAAUAAACGGGGCGUCGAGCCCCUUCACGAUGCAAAACAACUCACAGCCGCACAGCCCCAGGAUCACGGCCGCCGAGGACAAGGUCGAGCCUGAAGUCGGCUUCUCCGAAAGCCCAGCAAAGCCUGCGGUCGUGCGACCUCCACACCAGGUGGAACCUCGCGGCCCCAUCUCCUUCGGAGACUCGGGCUACCAUGGCAGUCAAUCUCAAGAUACGAUGCCAUGUGACCAGUUUGACAAGGACGUCGAGAUGUCAGACAGCCCUCAGCGGCCGCUGCGGAUCUCGGACCACAUGCACCCGCUGCCAGGCGAGCCAGCAGAGCAGGGAACCCCGUCAGCCAGUCCUAGCCGAGAGGCCUUGAACCCGGCAGGCGAAAACAAGGAGAGGCAAGCCGCGGCAAGCACAGCAGCCGCCGUUCCCGCGAGCCCUUCGGGCGCCGUUGCCCAGCUGAGCAGCCCGUUUGCCAGCCGAACCCGCUUGCCCAUCUUGUCGCCACGGUCGCCUUCACCCCAGAAGAUGUCGUCCCCUCCCAGACAGCCACUCCAAAGAUCAAGCUCGCCUCAAAAGCCGCCCUCGCCCGAGAAGUCGUCUUCUUCCCCGCAGAGAAGGACUGCCAGCCCACUGAAGGAAUUAGAAAAGCCCACCGGCGAUCUCCAUUACGCCGUCGACAAGGAUGCCGACGAGAUGGUCGAUGAGAUUGACGAAGUCAGGUCUCCCUCCGACGCGUCCAGCCCAAUUAGGCCCGUCGUGCGCAAGAGCAGUUUGAACUUUGCUUCCUUGCCAGCUCGUGAGCCACUGGCUUCCAAGAAAAGCCUCGGCGGGGCCCGUAUCUCGCGGACGAGCCAUCUGGAUUUCCACCGCCAGAGCUACUACAACCGUCCGACCGGGGGCAAAAGUCUUGGUGGAGGUGUCAUGCGGCGGGAGAGCCUGGAAGACGACCCGGAUAAGAUGGAUGUUGACGAUGAGCUGAAAACGCAGAACAACGAGGACGCCGCUGCACACAGCAAGACCUACACGCAACGGUUACAAGAUCAGAUCAGCAUGCUUGGGAAAGGACAGUCGACUGGUACUACUAGGUCAUCAAAAUCCCUUGCCAAUCUGCUGCCCUCGCAGCAGAGCGCACCAGCCUCGCAGAUCCAGUCCCAGGCCGAGCCAACCUCGGAAGAGAGGACAUCAUCGCCCAAGUCGAGAAAUGCGGCCGCCGCUCCUGGUGCGUUUCCUGCAGAUGAAGACGACGAGGGUGACUGGAUUGCCCCGCCCGAUACCGCUGCGAAGGCCCAGGGCCCGAAGCCUGUUCCUUCUGACACGCAACUCUCGGAUGCCCGAGAGGAGUUGUCCAGCAGGGGGACGGCAACGAGCGCCGAGCAUUCCAAGAGGAGUGCAGGGUCGCCGGGCAAGCCGACCAUGUCCCAAUGGACACCCAAGCACGGGAAGUCAGUCUCUGUUCCGGUGCUUCCGACCACGGAUCAGCUGGACACGGAGACGGAGGGCAGCCCUCUGAAGAAGACUACAUCCGUCUCGAACUCGGCGCUGUCCACGGUGGCCGAGGACAACCUCUCCUCGCCCCCGAGGUCUCCUGCGAGAGCCUUCAUGGACAACCCGCUGAGGCAGGUCAAGAACAAGCUGUCAUCGCUGCUGAAGAGCUCCAAGGGCCUGAUCGUGAGCAGUGCGGCAGUCAGCGCCGAGGGCAAGUCCUCGUUACUGCAGUCUCCCUCGACAACACGGCUUGGAUACCACCAGGAGCCGUCUGUUGAGUCCUUCAAGACAGCGGACAACGUUGUGUAUCCGGACUUGUCGCAGCACCUCGCCGCAACCGCCCCCCCGCUCAGCCCAGUGCGUAGUAAUAGCUCUCGGAGAACGCGGUCGUCAGCGGAGAGGGAAAGACUCGAGGCUAUGGAGCGCGAGAGAGACGAGAGGGAGCGCGAGAAGGAGAGGGAGACGGAGCGCGAGAAGGAAAGGGAGAGGGAGAUGAAGGAGGCAAAGCAGAUGGCCGAGCAGAUGGACAAGCUGGAGAAGGCACGCGAGAAGGAAAGAGAAAAGGCCCGGGUCUUCAGCAAGGAGCAGGAGAAGAUUGCGGCCAUGGAGAAGCAGGUUGCGGCCCAGAAGGAGCAGGAGAAGGCUGCCCAGCCCCAACCACAGCAGCAAGACUUCCGGACUCCUGCGCCGGCACUUAAGAACAGGCCAAGGAGCCCGACAAAGUCGACGAGGCCGACUCCAGCAAGGGCCAACGAGCAUGAGGGGAAGCAUAGGUCUGUUCCCUCCGACGAGCCGGACGUGGAGAUGACGGAUGCCACGACCACCGUACCGCCUCCGUCAAUUCCUCGCCCGACGACGGCCUCGUCCAUCAGGACUCAGAAGCGGCCUAUGAAGCCGACAAGGGAGACGGCGGCCAAGCCGAAACAAGUGCCUACCUUGAUUCGGGUCAACCCUUUGAGCUCCCAGCAGACCCAUUUCCACCCUUCAAACAGCGUGCUUGCCGCCAACCUCCAAGAGACGCUGGGUCAGCAGCCUGGUUCUGCGAGGCAGGUCAACGGCAAGGCGAGCCAGGCCUCUCUCCAAGGCAAAGGAUCGGUUCAGAGCCUCAAGAGUUCGGUUUCCUCUACCGGUCGUCCCAAGGCAUUGGAAAUGGCAGCCAAGCGAAAGGAGCAGGAGGAGCGCGAGGCCCAGCGCAAGCGUGAGACCAAACAGGAAAUGGAACGCAAGCGGGCGGCCCAGGAGGAAGAGCGUAGGCAAGAGCAGCAACGGAGAGCCGAGGCUGAGCGGCAGAAGGAGGAGGAGCGGAAGGCGGCUCAGCGGAGGGCGGCCAUCGAAAAAGCCAAACAGACGAAAGCGCCUCCUCCGGCCGUUAGGCCCCAGCCGAACGCUCCCCCGGAGUACGCCAUAGCAGAGAAAGGGACGUUCCGACCACCCUCGCGAUUGGGUUCCACGAUGCAUCAGGAAAGCCGGCUUGUCAACACGGUCCUGUCGGGCACGGCGAAGGGGUCCACCUCAAAGAGGCCGUUGCAACAAGACGCCGGCGAGGAGAGCUCCAGGUCGCAGCAGCAGCAGCAGCAGCGAGCCCUGCCGUCUUACCCUACGAAGGAGACGAAGCGCAUGCGCAUGAGCGAGGAGUUUGACGAGGACCUGGACAUGAUGGACCACAACCCGCGGAUCAUCAAGGGCCCGCCCGUCAGGCCCUCUGGUGGCUUCAAGAAGGACCCGCAGCCCAAGUCGGCGUACAACAACGGCUACCCUCACGCGCCCCCGUCGAGUGCGAGCAGCAAGGACCUCUUCAAGACGACGGUGACGGCGCAGCACAACAGCCACUCCAAGCCGACCCAUCCGCUCGACAUGGCGCAGUUCUCCAAGGGCGCCAUCCCGUUCGCGCAGAAUCCCAACGCACACCAGCAACAGCAACAGCACAAGACGCCGGCCCGCCCGAUCGGCGGCGGCGGGAUCCCCAAGUCCACCAAAUCCGUCGCCCGCUCCUCCCCGCGCAUGCUCAACGGCGAGUUGAUCGAGCUCCCCGACAUCCAGACGGACGACGACAGCGAGGACGACGACGGGCACAUGCCGAUCGCGGCCUGGGCCGACUCGCCGGCCCUGCGGGACGCGCUCCUGCGGCAGGAACGCGUCGACCCCAUCCAGGUGUUUGGGCCGCCGGCGCCGCUCAACAUGGAGGAGGUGUUCAGCAAGACCAAGGACCGGUUCCACAAGUUCCGGGCGCGCACGAGCAGCGCCAACUGGAGCGGGAGCGACCGCCUGACGGAGGAGGAGGUGCGGAGGGACGCGGCGGCGAGAGACAAGAUGAGGCGCGAGGGAGGAUGGAGCUACGAGUUGAGCCGGGAGUUGGUUUAACGCGGUG